CUUGCACAGACAAGGAGCUGCGAAAUCUUGCAUCACGUCUAAAAGACUGGUUUGGCAGUCUUCAUGAAGAUGCGAAUCGUGUCAUCAAGCCAACAAGCUCAGAUUCAGCACAAGGCAGAUUUGAUACUAGCAUAUUACCUAUCUGUAAGGAUUCAUUGGGCUGGAUGUUCAACAAACUGGAUAUGAACUAUGACCUUCUCCUUGAUCACUCUGAGAUCAAUGCUAUUUAUCUUGAUAAGUAUGAACCAUGCAUUAAGCCUCUCUUCAACUCCUGCGACUCCUUCAAAGAUGGAAAGCUUUCCAACAAUGAAUGGUGUUACUGCUUUCAGAAGCCUGGAGGCCUCCCGUGCCAGAAUGAGAUGAACAGAAUUCAAAAGAUGGGCAAAGGGAAGAACCUGAUGGGUGCCUUCAUCCCCCGCUGCAAUGAAGAAGGCUAUUACAAAGCAACUCAGUGUCACGGAAGUACUGGCCAGUGUUGGUGUGUUGAUAAGUAUGGAAAUGAGAUUGCUGGCUCUAGGAAGCAGGGGACAGUUACCUGUGAAGAAGAGCAAGAAACCUCAGGGGAUUUUGGUAGUGGUGGAUCAGUGUUAUUGUUGGAUGACCUGGAAGAAGCACAUGAAGCAGCAAAAAAGGACAAACAGAAGAUUCAUGUAAGAGCAGCUAAUGAGGAUGAUGAAGAUGAAGAUGAUGAUAAGGAUGAUGAAAUUGGGUAUAUAUGGUAGUUCCCAUAACUCUGAGGACUCAUGUUUUGCACAAUAUCACAAAUCAUUUUGUAUCUCUGCAGAGAUAAUGGAAACAUCAGGCAUCACACACGGAGCUCAGUCAAUAGCUGCAUGGGCCUCCUAGUAUGCACACUGAUCUCCUUCACCAUUGGGCUUUCCUUUCACUUUACUGGUAGGCAUAACUCCACAGGUACAAUGGAGGUCAGCGUGCAUAGCUGAAUCUGUCACUAAAGUGAACUGGGAAGACCUUUUGCAUGUGGGUGCUCCUUGUACACCUGGGGUAACUUUAUAGACACAUGUGCAUUUGGGCUCCUGGGACCAUCAUACUGCCAGUAAGGACAACUCUCUCUCCACUUGAUUUAAUUUUGUAUGGUCUGUAUUAAUUUGGAAAACCGCUUUCACUCUCAAAUAGCUGCUGUUCAUAAUAACUGUAAGCAUUGUUCUCAUUUGUUUUUCACAUUUUCAGAAUUAAAUCCGUUCGUGCAGCAUAUCAUUGUGAAUGGAACAGAGACCACAGUAGGGGAGCUAGCCCCAAACUAGGCUCCUUUUACACUAUAGAUUCUGAAGUUUUCAAUUGGCGGGUCCUUUUCCAUUGUGCCAUUUGCUAUCAGCUACUACUCUGCUUUCUGUUUCAGCAGCUAAGGCAAGUGAUCCUUUUGUCUUGCUAUGCAGAACCUGUUGGAAAAGAUCAAAUUGCCUUAGCAUUCUGGCUUGGCAGAAUUAUUCCAUUUUAUCUUCUUCUCACUUUGCCAGAUGUUGUUUAGCAAAAGCAAGUCAAAUGCCAAUAGAACUCAGUUGAAGUUCUCCCCACCGACUAAGAGUGUAGAGGACAAGAUCUCAGUUGACCUUUCAACCCAUUAAUCAAUCUCAUUCAGUUUAAACUAAUGAAAAUGAUGUUGACUAAAAAAAAAAAAAUAGUUGACUUGCAUGCUUACACAUGAUGCUCACCGUUGGCUUUUAGCAAGAGGAACCACCUUUCAAAACAUGUGAGGAAGUAAUGCUUUGCAAAGACAUUUCUUUGCUUUUUUUCAGUCUUUUUGCAGACUUGCAAGUCUUGAAUUUGUUUUAAUCAAGUUUGCGCUAAUGCUAUGCAAGCUGUCUCUGCUUCCUGAAUAGCAUACCACUGGACUGCUGAAAAUGCUUUUUUUUCAUUUACUCUAAAUGAUUCCUCAUUGGGAAGCACUGAAACUGUCAGAGGCACUAACCAUCAAAAGUAAUAAGCUGUCUUUCUUUUAUUUUAAAUUGUUAAUAUUUAUUUGCUCUAUUUUAGAAGAAAAAUAUCCUUAGGCAGUUGUAUCCAUGGUUAAUAUCACUCCUAGUUAACAUCACAAGAGAUACUUACACUCGUGAACCAGAAGGGUGUGAUUAGAAUCAUUCUGUAAGCGUUCCUGCAUUGUUCUAUCUCCAUAGCAGCAUCUCAUUGUACUCAAUUGCCAUUCAUUGUGGGAAAAUAAAUGUGCUACUGCAGACAUUUUAUUAUGUUUGAUGUCCACAUAAGGACCAAACAUAAUGGGCAUGUAAGAAGAGCUGGGGCAACAACCAAUGCAUUUAUAACAAGUGCUCACUUUUUCUCAUUAAAUACAAGGAAAUCAACUGCUACAUAGGUCUUUUAAAUUCUGCAAAAACUAAGGGCCACAUCGACUUUAGUCUCUCUUGAUACUUACUGUUAAUACUAAAUUACCAUGGCUUCUACAAAUUAAAAAAAGAAAGAAAAGUGUGUAUUUUUAUACACUGUUGAGAAGAUGCUACUUCUUUGGUGUAAAUUUCUAAUACUUUUUCUAAAUAAGUACAAAAUGGCAUCUGCCCAUAGAUCAUUGUUUGUUCUAUUACAAUCUGUCUUAUUUAUGCCUUUUGCUUCUGGCACAAUGAAG